UCCGGCACGCGCACCUCUACGUAGCGCGAUCGAAACGAAUUUAAUCGAAACAUUCGAAUGUAACCGUCACUUUACGCCUGACGGUCUCAAUCGGAAAGUGACUAACGUUGUGCCUUGUUAGUGUCAAGUUCAGUGAUGCAGGAUUGUUUACUACGUAUUUGAACAGAUGUUGAUGCCGACUGUAGUGAAACAAUUCCUUUAUCUGCACAAUCCAUGAUGAGUGUGCCAUAGUUAAUCCACUAAAUAUAAUACAUACAAUAACUGAGUGCCUUUGUAGUAAGCGAUGAGUGAAAACCUGUAGCGUGUACGCUUAGUAUGGUCGCUGUCAGCCAUGCCGGACUGGCGGUACAACGUUUUGUCGACGAGCGAGGCGUAUAUCAAUCACGAAGGUCCUACGAUCAGGGAUCCCCUGGCAGCCAGCUAUCCUCGGCGUGCGGACCGUACGCGUCCGCUCCACACUUGCCCCUACACCACCAUUUUUCAUGGGACUCGCUCACAGCUCGCACCUUACCGACAACAAAUUGAUUCAACGGAUCCUUACGCUGAUGUAUACUCUGUCGAUCGAUCGUCAAAUUUAACAGACACUUCGAGUUUCGCUCGAUAUGAAGAUUGUCGUACCCAGAUCGAUGAUUUAAUCCCAGAACAGCCUGCACGUCAAUACCUAACUAAGAAAUCGGAUAGCGUCUCUCUAAAACUCCAAAAAGUGCCAUAUACUUCUAGUGUUUUCUAUAUAUCCACGAAAAACGACAAAGAAGUUGUACAGAGUAAUAAUGUUUUUGUGGUCGAUGGCUCCGAUUCGGAUGAUGCUUUGUCAUCGUGCACCUGUGACAGCUUCGAGAGAUGCGAAUUUGACUGCAGAGACUUUGAGCCAUUUUCGGACACGUGCUGUUGCGAUCCCCUUAGCGACGGAGUCUGUAGCCGUAGUCCUAAAGAGGUCGAUUCACCAGAAAACUUUUGCCAUCGGGUAACCGAAGACGAUGGGGUAUCGACACGUAGUGAUAUGGAUGGUCUGGAUUUUGCUCUGUUUGAACCAGCUCAAAUUGAAUCGAAUGAAUGUACAGUACAAAAUACUGAAGCCGUUUCUGCUGCACUCUGCGGGGUAUUGUAUGCUCUUCCGGACGGCAGUGGCGAUGUCGCAACUAGUGCCGUCGCCGGAGCGGUAGUGGGAGUGCCGCUCUCCUGGGAGCCCUUCUAUUGCGUACUUCAACAAGACAGGCGCAUCCUCACUGCAUACACUAGCGAGGAACUCGCCAUCAACAAUAACAACGGGGAAUACAAUUCGAGGAGCCUUCCUCGAGUGCGGGUUGACACCGGAGGGCAGGUGCCGAGUGCGGGCGUGAGACUACGCUGCUGGGCCGCUCCGCCUUCCAUUACCGAAGAGGAUGUGGAAGACGAAGUUGAAGACGACUCGGUCUCCUUACGGGCUGCCCCCGCACAAGAUACGUCGUACGAGAAAGCAUGUCGGCGGGGCUCUGCGCCAAGCACACCGGUCCCCGGAGCCCAGGCACAGCACAGUCCGUCCCGAUUGGCUUCAUUUUUCUUUUCGAAGCGAUCCUUCCGGAAUAAUCCGUUGAAAAGAACAAAAUCAGCAACGAAACUGGAAAAAGAGCGAGCUCUGGCUGCCGUACCAACGCAUCCGCCUACACACGCGCUGCGGACGUCCAGAUCUCACGAAAGUCUGUUAUCUGCUCACUCUCCCGCCGUUUCCACAAUGGACCUAGGCCCUCCGAAUCAGGUUGAAAUACGCGCGCUUCAUUCGUCAGUAUUGGGCAGAGCGCAUUGCUUCGCGCUGAGCGCAGAGAACCGCGCACCUCGAUACUUCGCUUGUGCUUCCAGAAAGGAGCGAGACCGGUGGAUAUACAGUUUGCGACAAGCGGCCCGACCGGAUGAGAUGCGGACGCGACGGUGCGAGCGGACUGUCAAGCUGUGGUUGUUGGAAGCCAAGGCCAUACCACCGAAGAAGCGGUAUUACUGCGAGAUCAUGCUCGAUGAAACAUUAUAUGCAAGGUCAUCGUCAAAGCUGAAGACCGAGUUGUGUUUCUGGGGCGAAGUGUACGAGUUCAGCGGUCUGCCGGCCGUGCGCGCGAUACACGUGAACGUGUACCGCGAGCCGGAACGACGCAGCCGGAAACGAGACAAGCACGCUCUUGUCGGCACAGUGCGCAUCCCGGUCGACGACGUAUCGUCGCGAUACCUCAACGAGCGGUGGUACGCGCUGUCGGAGAGCGACAAGCCGCAGUCCCCCGGCGCCCGCGCCCCGCCGCCCCCCGCGCCCGCCCUGCGCAUCAAGUGUCGCUACCAGUGCGUGGACGUGCUGCCGCUGGACUGCUACGCGAGGUUCCUCGACUACCUCAAGAGGAACUACAGGCGGCUCUGCGAAUAUCUAGAGCCUGUUAUCGGCGUGAAGGCGAAGGAGGACAUCGGGUGCGCGCUGGUGCUGUGCAUGGCGGGCGCGGGUCUGGCGCCGCGGUACCUCGCCGACGUGGUGGCGCUGGACGUGCGCCGCACCGGCGACCACUCGCUCACCUUCCGCGGGAACUCGCUCGCCACCAAGAGCAUGGAGGCCUAUCUCAAGCUCGUCGGCGAUCAGUAUCUACAGGACACACUAGGCGAGGCGGUGGCCGCGGCGGCCGGUCCCGCGGCUGUGGAGUGCGAGGUGGAUCCCCUCCGGACGAGCAGCAGUGCAGCCCUCCGCAGACAACAGACGGCUCUGAGAGACGCCGUGACCCUUGCCUGGAGAUCUAUUGCGUCAUCAGCGCCACACUUCCCACCACCUCUGAGGGACUGUUUCGCUACCUUCCGAGAAAGAUUGACUUCGAUGGGACGAGAAGACAUCUCUGACAACCUGAUCAGCGCGUCCAUAUUCCUUCGCUUCCUAUGUCCAGCUAUAUUGUCUCCCAGCCUCUUUGGAAUUACUCACGAAUACCCGAACGAGCGCGCGGCACGUAACUUGACGUUGGUCGCGAAGACGCUGCAGACGUUGGCGAACUUCACGCGGUUCCAAGGGAAGGAGGCCUUCAUGGAGUUCCUAAACGACUUCCUCGAACAAGAGGCGCCUAAUAUGAAAGCUUUCCUUAGGACUAUUUCUUCCCGUCCACCAGCACCUGAGCAGCAGAUCCCAACUCAGCCACAAGAAGGCAGCAACAGAAAUUCGUCGUCUUCCCAAGGCUCCCUCCCGGGCGAGGGUCCGCGCGGAGACGCCUCCGUGGAGCCUGACCCGGAAUGGGCGCCUCACGUCGACUUGGGCAAACAACUGGCAACACUGCACGGGCUGCUCGUUGACAGCUUGCCGAAGUUGCCAGCCGCUAAAAUUCAGGAACUGGAUCCACUAAAUGAUAUAUUAGACGAACUAAGUAAGAGGCUGGUGAACAACGAUAUUUCGAUUACACAGCAAGUCACUGACAACAUAUUUAGGUUCAACGACCCAACGUGCAACACCGCAACGUUACCAGCGAACCCAGAGCCGCCGCUGAACGUGCAGCUCACUAACAACUUCGCGCACAGCUCGCCGCUCACGAACAGAAACGGCGUCCAGUUUAACGUGAGCCCUUCGAAGUCGAACGCCGACGAAACGAAGCCCAAAGGACCGUACGUCGCCGUCUCGAAAUCGCCGAGCUUCAAUUUGCGCUCGGCAACGUUACCGAGAAACGGAUACGGAAGUAACACCUCUAACGCGAACGUGAACCCCGAUCGAUACAGCUCUCAGUACAACAACCAGGAGCACUGCGUCAAUUUGAAGGUCGUCCAGAUCGGCUUCGGCUCGGAUCAGUACGCUAAAGGCAUCAGCAACGGAGUCAACGAAAGCCUAGAGAGGAGGAUCCAGGAACGGUACAAACCGAACAACUACACCCAACAUUAUCAUAACGCGAACUACAACACGGAGAGAUCGCCCAGCGGUGACAGCAUCAACCACAACUACAGCUCGAACGAGAGACCGAACGUCAUAAAGGAGACGGCCACUUUAGACGAACUCUCCGAUUUGUUGAAUUACGCCGACGAAGAUCUAGCCGAAGAUAAACUGAUCAUGAACAAAAAGAACUUGGCUCAAUCUAAAACGAAUAAUAACAUUGUGAACGGAAACAAAACGAACUACGCGAACAACGGCUCGAACGUAUCGAUCAGCGGCCUCUCCAACGUGGCCAGCUCCGGCUACCAGAGCAUCGCCACGUACAGCCAGAGCUCCAGUCCGGUCGAGAACCCUACUCACCAGCAUCAGACCUUCGAGAACGGCGGCCAGCCCAUGAGCCGGUAUUCACAGCUCAACUACCAAAAGCAGAGAGACCGGCAGUACUACGACAGUAAAAACGAAAAGUUCUACCCGAAGAGCCCAGUGCAACAGAAAAUCGAAUACGACAUUCAGAAAUACGGGAUACAGAACUUCACAACGGCCGACAACAACGCACACGCAAACGCCAACGUCAACGCAAAGAUGGCGCCGCUGGUGUUCACUAACCCGGUAUACAACAUGGAGGACGGCCGUCAACCGCAGGAGAAAAAGACAAACGAUAACAGAAACUCAAAGCGUUGCCCUUGCGGCUCGUCCAGUUCAUCGAUCGAUGAGGAGGGCUUGAGCACAGACAACGUGGAAACCAACUCGGAGGAGGGUUCUGCUAACUUCAACGAGGACGGCAGGAACUAUGACCAACAGAACCGCAACAAUACCCACCGAAAAUUAACCAGAGAUAAUUGUAAUUACGAAGAUUUAUACCAGAGAAGUAAUCAUAGUCACUCACCGAGAAUCAGGGACGACGAGUCGUCGAGCAACUCGCCCAGCCUGCGGAAACACAGCAAGACGCGCAUGCCCAGAACCAACCCGAUGCUCUCUUAUUCCACGAAUCAAAAUCAAUUGAACCUGAAACAUUUCGGGCAAAGAGGAGACUCGUUGUACGAGAGCAAACCUCACCACAUCUCGACCGACUCCGGCUACCCGAUGAGCAGAUCGGAAUCGAACGUCGAAGAAGUCAACAAGGAAAUGUACAGGUUACAGAUAUCGAGAUCUCAGAAGGCGUUGUUCAAUAUGGAGAACACGAAAAAUUCUCCAGAGAAAUAUACAAUGACGGAAAGUGCAAUAACCGAAUCGAACUAUCCGCUCGAUCGGACUUAUUCCGGAGCCAAGGUAUCCGGCAGCAGGCUGAACGAGGACCUCGAAAGACAACAAGAUUAUUAUGGGGUUAGAGAACGAAGGGAGUCGCCUUCGCAGGGGAUAUUCAGUCGCGAGUCUCAGUCGAGCGAGGCGAGCGAGCGGGCGCUGGUCAGAACCGAACGGGAAGUCGCCGGUCGAGAGAAACUGCAGAGACGACUUAGUCUGGAGUCGGCGCGAGAGCUAACCGACAGCUCUGAUGAGAUCGAGGAGACGUUGUACAGCACCACCGGCCGACGCCGGAUGAACAAACAUCACAGGACCAUUGAACAGUAUGAACGAGAAAUCGAAAGACUGAAAUGCUCCGUCGAAUUACUACGAGGGAGGUUGGGACCAACCGAACCAGGUCAAGAUCACACCGAUGCUAAAAUGAAGGCUAUAAUUUCAAGGUUAAUCUGUGUCGAGGAAGAAUUGAGGAGGGAACAACGCAAGAUGGCCGCCGCACUGUCCCACAAGCAACGAGUGAUCGAAGCACAAGAACACCGUAUCGCAGCUCUCGACGAGGCCAACACCAGGCUUCUCUCGGCUCUUGUUCACUUACAACAGAGAGCCCCCCACACUCCCACCACACAUCCCACACAUAACAACUCGCACCCGCCUUCUCACACACAGCACUCUCAUCAAGAACUGCAAAUAUAAUUACCUCCUGAUCUUUCUCAUUACACAACGCUAGCCCUGUUAUUACCUAAAAAUAGUUGAAGGAUAAAGAAAAAACGGUAACUUAGUCCAUUUAGAUUUUUUAUAUCUGGCAAUACUGUCCCAAAUGUUAAAAGUAGUGUACACUUAUCUUUUUUAACUUCAAAG